GAAUAGUAUCCCGCUUGGUUCAAAGUUCUAUACAAUGGUUCAAAAGAGGGGUUCCAACAAGAAGCCUCAAAGGCAACAUGAUAACGCUCCAGCCACCACCGAUCCCAGAUUUGCUCAUGUUCACCGGGAUCCUCGGUUCAUGAGACCGAAGCGAAAGGACAACAAGGUGGCCAUUGACAAGCGUUUUGCAUCCAUGUUGGAUCAAGACGAAUUCACAUCAGCUCCCAAGGUUGACAAGUACGGUAGAAAACUCCAGGCUAAAAGCAAAGAAAAUGAAAUGAAGCGAUUUUAUCGACUAGAUGAUGAUGAAGAAGGUGGAUCGAGCGAUGACGAAGAACAGGGAGGCAGCUCUGAUGAGGAAGAAUACAAGACUGUGGAGCAACUUGAAAAAGAGCUGGAAGAAGACGAAGGCAACCUCGACGACGAAGAAGACUCAGAUGACGAAGAUGACCACGAAGAGUUCAAAUUCGUGGAUCGUAUGCGUGGUGAAGGCGUCUCGUCAUCCGAAUCGGAAGAUGAAGAAGACGAGGAAGAGGAAGAAGAGGAAGAGGAAGAGAUUCCAACCGGUGAUGAAACCUGCCGCCUUGCAUUGGUCAAUUUGGACUGGGAUAAAGUGAAGGCCCUUGAUAUUCUCAAGGUUUUGAAUGGGUUCAAGCCAAGCGGCUCCGUCAUCAAGUCUGUCACAGUGUAUCCAUCUGAGUUUGGUAAGGAGCGUAUGGCUAAGGAGGAAGUAGAAGGUCCACCCGCCGAGAUUUUCCGAGAUGCCAAAGCAAAGAAGGAUGCGGAAAGUGAUGAUGAUGACAACGAAAUCACAGAAAAGUCUAUCCUGGCAGAGCAAACAAAGAAUGGUGAAGAGUUUGAUGCAGAAGCCCUUCGUAAAUAUCAGUUGGAUCGACUAAAGUAUUACUAUGCCGUUAUUGAAUGCGACAAGCUCUCCACUGCUCGCUCCAUCUACGAAUCAUGUGAUGGCGCUGAAUUCGAGCGCAGCGCAAACUUCUUUGAUCUUCGAUAUAUACCCGAUGAGAUGACCUUUGAUGACACUCCUCGAGACACGGCCAACCAUGCUCCCGAGAAUUAUAGACCGUUAGAAUAUGUUACAGAGGCUUUGCAACACUCUAACGUCAAACUUACGUGGGAUGAAGACGAUCAUGAUCGCAUGAAUAUGACUCGCCGCAAGUUCACAAAGGAAGACGUUGAAAACAUGGAUUUCAGUGCAUACCUUGCUUCAUCUUCGGAAGAAGAAUCGGAUGAUGAAGAUUUGGAGAAAUCAACCGCCAAGUACAAGAAAUUGCUUGCUGACCUCUCCAAUGAUAAUGACGGCAAUGCCAACUAUGAAGAUGAUGACGGUGCAGCAGGUGAAGGCAACAUGGAAAUUACAUUUACUCCUGGUUUGAGUGAAGCUGUCACAGCCGCUAAGGAGAAGCAGCAGCCAGAGAGCGAAGAGGAAGAGGUUGAAGAAACCACCAUUGAGGCGUACAAGCGUAAGGCAAAGGAGAAGAGAAUGAAGAAGAAAUUGGCCAAGCAGAAUGCUAUCACUGCUAAGGCUGUGGAUGAGGACUCAUCAGAAGGUGAAAUCGACACUUCAGAUCCAUGGUUCAAGGAAGCAAUGGGUGAUGUUGUUCUCAACAGCGCAGAGCCUGCUAAGCCAAAAUCCAAAUCCAAAUCAAAGAAGCAAACCAAGGAAGAGCGCAUUGAGCAGCAAAAGAAGAAGGCUGAGCUUGAGCUCCUACUUGGUGACUCUGCUAACAAGGGCGAAGGUUUUGAUAUGAAGGAAGUUUUGAAGCGUGAAAAGCUUGCAUCAAAGAAGGGCAAGAUUGGCAAGAAGGCCAAGAAGUUGUUGGAGGAAACUGAUGACUUUGAAAUCAAUACACAAGAUCCUCGUUUCGCUGCUCUGCAAGAGUCGCAUCACUUCGCUAUCGAUCCUACCAACCCUCACUUCAAGAAGACCAAGGCUAUGACCACGCUUAUGCAGUCCAGACAAAAGAAGCUGAAGAACGGCGGCAAUACUGAAGAAAAGUGGGCCAAGAACAGUAUGAUCACUAAAAUUAAGAAACCACAAUCCACUGCUGAAAACUCAAACAUCAAAGACGCUUCCUUAGCUGCGCUUGUCAGCUCUGUCAAGCGAAAAGGUGCUUUGAAUGCGGGUAGUGCUGAAAAACCCAAGGGCAAACGGUCCAAGUCAAAUUAAAAAACUGACUGUUCGCAACCACUCACUCAUAGAACCCCAUUUUCAGUAAAUAAUAAUAAUAAAAGAAUCCCCAUUUCGCAUCACAAUUGCUUCGUGACCUCCUCCUUCU